AUGCGACACACGCACACGCUGGCAUCCUUCCGGUGGUUUCGGCGGCGUACGAUCGAUCACAUGACGUGCGUUGACUGCAAUAAAACUCAUUUAGCAGCGUUAAGUACGCCACGAAAUUCGCAACAUUACCACGGUGAAUUUAAGGUACAAUUCGAAGCACCGCUCGAUACUACACCUAAAACAUCUGGAGAACGUGGACGAAAACCAAAGUCUUAUGAAGAUCUCUCAGAGAAAUCGAAAAAAAGGAAAAAUAUGGACUUGAUACAAGAAAAUGAACUCGACUUUAUACAUAAUGCAUACGUUCAAGGCGGUUUGAAGGAGAAUUUAGAAGCUACUGUUGUUUCAAUGAUGCGGAAUUGUGAUAGAAAUGAAAAAAGGAUGAUGAAGGAAAAAUUGUUGCACGAAAGUCGCAAUGCAACAAAUUUUACGGUCGAUGAGGCUUUAAGUAUUUUUGCAGAUUUGGAUUUAUCGAAAUCACAAUACGGAUUUCUUCGAGCAAGUCUGAUUAACAAAAACUUCAAUAUACUGCCAUCAUAUAAUAUAUUGACAAAUGCCAAAAAACUGUGUUAUCCUCCACCAUCCAGCAAUCAAAUUGUUAAAGUGAAUCUACAAGAUUUGCUGGAUCACACUUCUGCUCGCAUCUUAAAGAUUGAAAAUAUUUACAACCCAACAAGAAAAUCUCUCAAAUUGUUAACUAAGUGGGGAUGUGAUGGUUCAUCGGGACAAAGUGAAUAUAAACAAGUUUUGACAGAUGAGAGUGACUUAGUCUCAGAUGCAAACUUAUUUAUAGCAUCUUUAUUUAAAAUAUGUGUGGUAAAAUAUGUGUAG